AGAGAGAGAGUGAGAGCGAACGACGACAGGGUGUGAGCGAGUUUUAAGGGCUUGCGAUCGAGAAAGAAAGAAAAGCACUAGUACUAGAGAGGUGCGGUAACGCGUAGGCGGGGGUGGCGGUGGCUUUUGGGAAAAGCUGCGACGAGGAGGGCGCGUAUACUCGGCUCGAGUCGAGCUUUUCGGCUAAACGUGGAACGUGCUUUUUCCUCGACUGCGGGGAAUCGUUCGCGAACGAUGUCGUCGCGAUGUGUAUAGUAUACGCAUGUUCUUUAAAAUGACGCCCCUGUGUUUGGCCGGGAUCUCGGACGGCUUCCCAGUAUAUUUUGUCAGUUGUGGGCUUUUCAGCCGUGACGUAUGAAGUUGCAGAUUUUUCGCCGAAAUCGCUGAACGAGUCCGUCCGUCUAUACGGCUAUCGCUACCAUAGUGUGUUAGCCCCACCCAAAAAAAAACGACAUAUUUCGGCUCGCUGUUCGGUUCGUAUGCACGCACAAGGGUGGAUUUUUCGUAAUUAUCUCGAUUAUCGAUGUACGUAAUCGAAUCGGCGUGCUGCGCGUAUCCGCACCACCGUCCAAUUACUCCACUUGGCCGAUAGUGUGACGAAAUUCAUACGUACGCGAUCGCGAAAAAACGUGCCCGGCGUGACCGCAAAGUGGUGCGAAUCGUACAUCUGAUUUCAACUGAGUGCCACCGCCAGCCACCUACGUGUGAUUUUUUUACUCCCCUUUUCAUAUUGAUGACAGUAAAAAAGACGAAGGCCAUAGUCUAACGAAGAUAUGGGCAAAGAGGAAUGGGCUUGCGUUUGGACUUGGAUCACGCAUCAUCGCUAACCAUAGCUUCGUUUAUUAUUCCUUUCAUCUGUUCUACCUAUACAUCUUUCUUCGUUGCUUUCGUACUGGCCAUAUCUUCUAAAAUAGCUUAUAGUUCCUACCAAGAUGCUAUGCAUAUUACCGCCAUUUUGGGUGAAUCGGUCGUAUUCAACUGUCCAGUCGAAUUCCCCGGAGAUCAUCCAGUUCCGUACGUUUUACAAUGGGGCAAGAAGGUAGGAGAACCGGGUAAAAAUAUACCGAUAUUUAUUUGGUAUGAAAACUACCCGACGCACAGCGGAGAAGGAUAUGAAGGACGAGUGUCCAGGGUGACGGCGGAUUCUCCUUAUGGAUUAGCAUCUCUAAAUUUAACUAAUAUUAAGGAAUCGGAUCAGGGUUGGUACGAAUGUAGCGUCGUUUUUCUCAAUCGUCCACCUAGCACGCAGAAUAAGAAUGGAACGUGGUUUCAUCUGGAUGUUCAUGCUCCGCCUCGAUUCGUGGUCACGCCGGAAGAGAUAAUCUACGUGAAUUUGGGCGAUGCGAUUAUACUGAAUUGCCAAGCCGAUGGUACGCCGGCCCCGGAGAUCGUCUGGUUCAAGGAUGAACAUCCAGUCGAUCCUUCAACGACGACCGGCAUCUUCAACGACGGUACCGAGCUCAGGAUAUCCAGUAUAAGGCACGAAGAUAUCGGAGAUUAUACGUGUAUCGCUCGCAAUGGAGAAGGACAGAUUAGUCACACGGCUCGAGUCAUUAUAGCUGGAGCCGCUGUGAUUAUGACGCCACCAAUGAAUCAAACAAAACUCGAAGGUGAAAAGUUGGAAUUUCCUUGCGGAGCGAAAGCGUUACCUGGCAAUGUUACCAUUCAGUGGUCCAAAGAUGGACAACCAGUUCGAGAAGUGAGCAGUUUAGAGACGAGACUGAACAUCAAGAAAGACGGUACCCUCGUUAUUAACCCGGUCAGUGGUGACGAUUCCGGUCAGUAUAAGUGCGAAGUUAGCAAUGGUAUCGGCGAAGCUCAGGUUGCAUCAGCAUAUCUCAAUGUAGAAUAUCCCGCUAAAGUAACUUUCACUCCUACUGUUCAGUAUUUACCAUUUAGAUUAGGAGGCGUUGUACAGUGUUAUAUUAAGGCUAAUCCACCAUUGCAAUAUGUGACGUGGACGAAAGAUAAACGUUUAUUGGAACCGUAUCAGACUAAGGAUAUUAUUGUUAUGAAUAAUGGAUCUUUGCUUUUCACCAGGGUGAACCAAAACCAUCAAGGAAGGUAUACUUGCACGCCAUAUAAUGCGCAAGGCACCCAAGGCUCUUCGGGUCACAUGGAAGUGUUGGUCAGAAAACCGCCCACCUUCACCGUCGAACCAGAAAGCCAUUAUUUACGUAAAGUAGGCGAAACUGUUGAUAUGUUCUGUGAUGCUCAAGAGGCCGAAGGCACUCAAAAACCCAAAAUUGAAUGGCAAAGAAAAGACGGCCAACCACUGCCUAAAAACAGAGUUCGUAUUUCCGGUGGCAAUAUUACCAUUGAUGGACUGAGGCGAACGGAUUUCGGCAAUUAUUUAUGUAUAGCUAGUAACGAAGUUGCCACCAUUAUGGUUUCUACUCAACUGGUUGUCGAAGGAACGCAACCUCAUGCUCCAUAUAAUAUAAGCGCAAACACGACUGCAUUUACCGCCACUGUGUACUGGCUGCCAGGAUAUAGUGGAGGACCUGAUUAUAAACAAGACUACACGAUAUGGUAUCGCGAAGCCGGCGUUUCGGAUUGGUCAAGGAUACCGGUGAUUCCUCAAGGCAAUACUUUCACAACGAUAACGAAUCUAAAACCGUCGACUAUGUACGAAUUCCAAGUAGUCGGUAAAAACGCCCUCGGAGAUGGAAUGCUCAGUAAAAUAAUUACAGCCAGAACUCUAGAUGACGAUACGUCUUCUUUACGGAGCGCUGAAAAACCUAAAAAUCCAGUUAGUAGUUUUACAUCACCCCCCGCCGAUGGUCCGAGACCAGGUGCUCCGAGAAAUGUUACUGUACAGGAGGUCGAUAGCGGAUUCGUUAUUUCGUGGGAGGCUCCUCAAGAAAGACCGGAGAUGGUCAAGUAUUAUACGAUUAUGUACAGAAUAGACGAUGUUUGGAAAGAUUUAACUAGGUCGAGCAAGAUCAGGUCCGAUGAGACCAAGUAUUUAGUGAAAAACAUGGUCGGCGGACGAACGUAUUUUCUGCGAGUUAUAGCCCAUAGUAACAGUACCCACGAAAGUAGCGAAGAAGUAAAAUUCAUCGUUCCGGCUCGCGUUAAACAAAAAGCAGUCACGGCCGGCGUAGUCGGCGGAAUAUUAUUUUUCAUCGUUGCCAUAAUAUUAUCCAUUUGCGCGGUCAAAAUAUGCAAUAAACGCAAACGAAGGAGACAAGAAAAAGCUUAUAACAUGGUAGCCUGCCGAAUCACCGAUGCUCGUAAUGGUGGCCAAAUUCCAACUGUAAGACAAGUACCAUUAAACAAGUCUGACAGGGCCGGAAUAUCACGUAUGAACAACGUGUUCAACAUGAUGCUAAAAUGCGUCGCUCAUCCGCAUCGCACGUGCAUAUACUCGAGAGAUGGCAUCGACGCCGGCAAAUCAUCGGCGGAUUACGAUAACGAACUGCACGCUAGACGCGUCCGUCCCAUAUCUCGAGCGCCGGACGGACGCUUCAUCCUGAGCAGUAGUUCGCGUUCUAGCAGCAUUAGUAGCUCGAUCGACGACGGCGGUUUCCUGACACAUCCGGCUUUCCGAGACGUGGCUCCGUUCGGCCAUCAUCAUCAACCACGCCCUGGCGGCGGUUCUGGCGGCGGUGGAUCGGCGGUGGUUUUGGUUCAUCAGCAUCAGGAUCAUCACAGUUCGAGGAGAUCGGAGAUCUCGAUGGAUAGUCGAAACGUAGCUCAAGGCCAGACACCCCAUCACGCUGCCGUUUCUGCCAUAUACACCCCGUUCCUGUCCAGUUCUCCGGCCUCCACCAUCAUAUCGCCUUUGAUGUCGCCGGCCUAUUUUAGCGAUCUGAGCUCCGUCCGGCAGCCUAGUUCGGCCGAACGGACGCUUCGCAGCGGUCACGAUACGUUCGGUCACGAGUUACCUUCGCUGCAGGCGAUUCGCGAAGAAAACGAACGUAUACUGAACUCGUACAGUCCGUCGAGGGUGUUGAAACCGCGUAUUUCGAGACCAUCGGCCGCUGCCAGACACAUCAAGUACGCCCGCAGCGCGCCCGAACUGGCGGUCAGCGUUGUACCGGAGACAUCGCCGGAGAGCCGGUCCAGCUCUAGCGGUCUCGGAUCCAAAAACACAUCCCAUCAAACCGGCAGCACCGGUACAGCCGAAUGGUCUCGAUUGCCACCCUACAGACAUCCACCAGCGCCACCUCCGCCGCCUCCCCUACCCUCAACGUCCGGCAUGCUAUCGGCGAAACCGCCGUAUCUGCGAACGUGGCUCGAUUACACGCCGUCUCCGACGCAGUCGGUCACCAGCAAUAAGCCUUUGAGCGUCGACGAUCAUUACGAAUUCGAUCCGAUAUUCCCCGCCUCUCCUACGCCUACCGAAUUAGUCCUAACACCGCUACCUCCGGCUGUUCGCGUCAAACCUGCCAUCGCGUCGUCGUCCCAUCACUCGAAACAGGAUGAAAUCGAGGCCAGAGUACAAGCCAUGAAGGAAGAGUUCCACGAGUAUAAACGCAGACAAGCGCAGAUGAAACGAUUAAAAGAGUUUGAGAGUAUCUGCUGAGAUCUGAGAUGGCUAACGCUGCUGCUGGCCUUUGUUUUAUCCCUCACUUUAUCUCGCUUCUUCGCCGCGCUUAUUUCCGGUUCGAUGAUGAAUGACCACGAUCAUGAUGAUGAUGAUGAUGAUGUUGUGUGCGAUGAUUUUUUUUGUUCGUUCGUUCGUGAGUAUUGUAUUACCAUAUCGAUUACUACUUAUAUACCUAUAUGUAUGAAAAUGUUAUCCCGAAAUACCAUUUUUCAAAUGUACUUGUACUUUUAUGCUGAUUACCAAUUUUUUCCUAUCUUUUAUUUUCCCUUUUCCUCAGUCCAUACGUACUGUUUGUCGCAAUUUCUGAUCUUUUUAAUUUAUUUAUUUUCUUACGAUGAUAAUUGUGUACUUUCAUUAUUGUUUGUAAUACCUAAUUGUGUAUUUAGAUUUUUAUCGAAUUGAUUUCUUGCCUCAUCCUCCUCCUCCUCCUCCCUCUUACCCUGUAUUUAUUGUGUGGAAUUCGUUGUGUUCGAAAGUUUUAAGAUAUUUUAUAUGUAUGAUUGUGUAUGUAGGUUUUCUUGGACGAAUUCAUUCGGUUGUAUGGCAAGUGAGAGGUUUCGAUGAAAGACUUGGGUGUCAUUGGAGACGUGUGAAUGGUUAUUAAAAAUGAAACUUGGGGCUGAAGAUGGUUUCAGAAGUUCAGUCUGGUGGUUUUCAUAACUGAAGAAAUUUUUAUAAUUAUUGGAGCAAGGAAUUUUAUGAUGUGAAAAUCUAAAAAUUCGUGGUCAAUUUGAAAAAUCCUUUUCUCAAGUUGAGCUUUUUAUUCAACUUUGCUCAAAAUUAUCUCAAAAACUAAGCCUUUUAGAAAAAACUAAUCACACUGUAUUGAUUGGAAAUAUUUCAUAUUCUAUUCUAUAAUAUUUUGUUUCCCCUCUUGUUGUUUUAAAGCAUCAUUUUUGUCUGGAUUUUUUUUACGAAGAAAUUGAAAAUGAGAUUUGAAUUUUCUAUCACAGAAAAUCGGUUAUUAUUUUGUUGAAAUGAAAAAAAAAAAAAAAAAAAAAAAAAAAAGAAAAGGAAAAA